AUGCCUGCACAGGUAGACCGGUGCGUGUGUGGGAAUAGACCUACGCAGGUUUCUGGACCUGCGCAGGCGACCGGAGCAGAAUCGAAAAUCAAUUCUUUCGACUGGCACGGUAGGGUGUACCUGUGCGUGUGUGGAUGUACUCCGGUCGCCUGCGCAGGUCGCGGAGAAAACUCAAACAACACGCAAGAUACUACAACAUACAUCAAUAGUGAAUCAACAACUAACAAUAGUGAAUCAGAAUCAUCAAAUCAUCAUUCAUCUCGCCCACCGAAACCGAGUAAAUCAAAAAGACUAGAUGAUUCCAUCGCCAACGAAGUUUUGGUUUCGGUGCGAGACCAUUUUAAGCGUCCACGAACAGAGGACCGCUGCGAUCUUAUCGGGAAAAAUGUGGCCAUUAAACUGAGGGCGUUAGAUGCCAAACAAAUACUAGUAGCCGAAAAACUUAUAAAUGAUUUAUUAUUCGAAGCAGAAAUCGGACAUCUGACUCCCGAUCAUGCCUAUAUAAGCAUGCGAGAUGUUUUGAAACAAAAUAAUCAACGAAACUAUGUUCAUGGGACGUAUACCCCUGUAAGCUUUGUUGCUUCAGGAAAUCCUAGCCCACCUUGCCUUCCUGUUCCCAGUCAACAUUCCGAGCAAUUAUUACAAACUAGUCAUCUACUCAACAGUCAUCAUGUCAUCCCCUACUCACAAAUGCAAACACCUACACUUUCAAGAAAUCAACCCGGUGAAACAGAAGUACUGGUAUCGAUUCCAGAUUCUGCAGCAUCAUUCGUUACAACCUUUAAUGCUGAUACAUGAUUUAUAUGCGAC